UAAAAUCAGUAAUAUUUAGUCACUGUUUCUUUUGUGUUGAUUUUUCCUCUACACUAUAAUAAAAUAAUAAUAAAUAGAAGUACAUUGUUUUCCCUUUCGGUUUAUACAUUAUUUCUUAAUUAAAAUGUCCCAUCAAACAGGAAUCCAAGCCAAUGCAGAACUUAAAAAGUAUAUUGGAAAGUGUCGAGAUGGAGAUAUACGGUUUAUGAAAAUUAGCAUAGAAAACGAGGAACUAGCAUUGGCUAAAUAUCAUGCUGUUAAAGGUUCAUGGGAACAGGAUUUUGAUAAAUAUUUGCCUUCUUUAGUUAUUGAAGAUCAGCCAUGCUAUAUUCUGUUCAGACUUGACACGACAAAUUCUCUGGGAUAUGAAUGGCUUUUGCUUAGUUGGUCCCCUGACAGUGCUCCAGUUCGGCAGAAAAUGUUGUAUGCAUCAACUAAAGCAACACUCAAACAAGAGUUCGGAUCUGCACAUAUUAAAGAUGAGAUGCAUGCCACAGUUAAGGAUGAGGUGUCACUCAAAGGCUACAAAGCGCAUUUAAGUGGUAUCAGUGCACCAGCGCCCCUCACUGACAGGGAGGAGGCAUUGAAAGAGCUUCAACAUAGUGAACAUAACACAAACUACAGUACUGACUCUAGACAAUCAACAAUGGGCGGUGUUGGCUUCCCAAUUACAGAUGAUGCUGAACAAGGCAUUGUUGAUUUGCAACGAGGUUCUUACAAUUAUUUACAGUUUAGAAUAGAUUUGGAUGAAGAAAAGAUUCAUUUAUCAAAAGCAGCCAAAAUAUCUCUUGUAGAAUUGCCUCAGCAAGUGCCAAGCGAUGAAGCGAGGUACCAUCUGUAUAUCUUCACACACACUCAUGAAGGUGACCACAUGGAAAGUUUUGUUUUCAUUUAUUCAAUGCCCGGAUAUACCUGCAGUAUAAAGGAGAGAAUGAUGUAUUCAAGUUGCAAAGGACAAUUUCUAGAAAUCAUUGAGAGGAUGGGCAUUGAAAUAGCAAAACGAUUGGAAAUAGAUGACGGUAAGGAGUUGACUGAAGAAUUCCUAUAUGAUGAAAUUCAUCCUAAGAGAAACCUUCACCGACCUGCAUUCGCCAAGCCAAAAGGUCCGCCCAACCGAGGUGCCAAGCGCAUAACUAAAUCGCAGUCUACUCAAUAAAUGUAAGAGAGUGUAGAUUAUUUACAAUUACAAUUACAUUUACAAUUGCGGGCUGCAGUGUAAAUGUUAUGAAUGUGGAAACACAAUCAUUAAUAUUACAAAAAAUACGUAUGACGACCAAAGAGAAGUCAACCGGCAUUAUGGGUCGAAUUAGGAAAUUAUUUUACUUACAAGUAUUUUCUG